ACUACAGUUAAACGGCGUCGGCGUGCGCAGACCGAAACAUCGUUUUGUUGGAUAUAGUAUGUGUAGUAGUAUGGAUGUAGUUGUCUUUGCCUGUCCAUUCGAAGCGGCUGAAAAGGAGGCAGCAAACCGUAGGAACUACGCGUCGAUGUUUCGAGACGAGAGUCGAAUACGUGCGUUUAUACCAGUUCAUUCAUAAUCAAAUCAGUUAAAAAAGUGCGUGUGAUCUGUAAAGUUUAAAGUUUAGUUGCUUUAUUAGCAUUAACUGUAACUUAACAUACAAUAAUGUUUAGUAACGUACAAUUGCAAGAUUGUGGCAGUAUAAAACUUGCUUAAUUUGGACUAUUAAGUAAUUAAUUAAUGUAUAUAAAUGUGUCUUGUGGCAAUGAACGCCUUUUUUGUAUUCGAUGUUGGCAGUUAAGUUGAUGAAAGGUGGUGUUCAUCAGAGUGGCAACUUUACGUGCGCUAAUGCCCACUACGGGGGCCUGCAUUUGCAGAUUUCUCGGUCACGGCGAGCAUGGCCUCGGCUGACUCGCAAGCUGACCCGGAACGACAUCGCUCCGAUCUUUAUGUGCGCCCGGGGUGGGUGGAUGCUGCUGUAGCACUGAUUCAAAUUGAACAGGGCAAGGCAAGAGGCGAUCGCGGUAUCCUAUGGAUACGCGUGCGGCUUCAGAGACAACUGCGUUCACUUGGUACAUUCCUAGAAGCGCAUGCUGGAAAAGUUAUCUUCGUUAGCCUUCUUGUCAUUGCCACCUUCUGCGUUGGAUUAAAAAGUGCUACCUUUCAUUCGGACAUUUUGCAAUUGUGGGCUGAACCUAGUCAGCCCGAGGAGACUCCUUCUGUUGAGGUUUUAUCAACACAUCAAAUAGUUGUACAAACGGUGGUUGAUCCCGAAGGUAGACUUCUUCAUAGUAGGGGCCUUCUUGAACACCUUAAUAUGAUAAGGCAAGCUACGCAAGUCACCGUCACUAUGUUCGAUAUCACCUGGAAACUUAAAGAUAUUUGUCAAUCUCCUAGUGUUCCUGACUUUGAUGUCCAUUAUAUUGAACAAAUGUUUGAAAAUAUGAUGCCAUGCACUAUCAUAACUCCUUUAGAUUGUUUUUGGGAAGGAUCUAAACUUUUGGGACCUGAAUAUCCUGUACAUAUCCCCUACGGUAUUGGUAAGAAUGUAAAAUGGACAAAUUUAAAUCCGAGCCGUUUGGUUGCUCAAAUAAAAGAAAAAGAAUCUCGCUUUGAUUACCAUUCGUUAGAAGAUUACUUUCGACGAGCAGGAAUUACCUCAGGUUAUCAAGAGAAACCUUGUUUAGACCCUUUUGAUCCAGAUUGCCCCUUAAUGUCACCCAAUAGAAAUUCUAGCCACCCUUUAGAUGUCGGAGCGGAACUCACCAGCGGUUGCUAUGGUUUUGCAGCAAAAUAUAUGCACUGGCCUGAAGAUUUAAUUGUUGGAGGUGUUGUAAAAAAUAAAACUGGUCACAUCAAACAAGCCCAAGCACUUCAAACGGUAGUUCAACUGAUGGGAGAACACGAGCUAUACGAAUUUUGGUCAGACACAUACAAAGUUCAUCACAUUGGGUGGAAUCAAGAGAAGGCUUCUAUGGUUUUAAAUGCAUGGCAAAAGCGAUUUUCAUUGGAGGUAGAAAGACUAACCAAAGUCAAUUCAUCGUCGUAUAAUUUUAAUACUUUCUCUACAAGUAGUUUAAAUCGCGUACUUGCAGAAGAAUCUAAAACAGACUUUUUAAAAUUGGUAAUAGCACUUACGGCGGUCGUUAUUUAUGGAUGGCUGUGUCAAUCGUUCCUUGCAGCGUUAGGAAUCUUGUUACUUUCCAGUUCAGCAGCUGCAAGUUUAGGAGUUUGCAGCCUUCUUGGACUUCCUAUGAACCUACUGAGUACUCACGUUUUACCAUUCGUUACUGUAGGUCUUGCGAUGAGGGAGAUCUUUUUGUUGUUAUCCACGCAGAAAAGAAACGUGUCACCAUCAGAAGUACUACAGAGGUCGGGGCCAACGAUUCUGGUAACAGCAAUUAGCAACGCUGCAGCCUUCAUUGCCGCAGCAAUCGUACCAAUUCCUGCAUUGAGGGUAUUCUGCAUGCAAUGUGCCGUCAUCGUCCUUUUUCAUGGUGCUAUCCUGCUACUAGUUUUCCCGGCUUUUCUUGCUUUAAAGGUGAGAUGCAAGAAAUCUGAUAUGCCAUGCUUAAGAAGUGAAUCAAAGAAUUCUUCAGCACCUAUUAACAAUAACAACAACGAAGAUUUAGAGAGCGGUGUAAAUCUAAUUUCGCCAGAGAGUCUUUGCAAGAAGAAAAACAAUUUAGUGCCAUCAGUUGUUAUUUACUACUCGAAGAAUUUUCUUUUAAAACCGUUUUUUAAGGUGACAUUGUGUUUAACAUAUGCUAUACUAAUAAUAUUUUGUGUCUUCAAUGGACUUAAAUUAGAGUACGAUGUUCGACUUUCGACAUUUUUACCAAGACAUACUCAAGAAUACAAGUAUUUGGAAGCACACAAUAGGUUUUUUGGAUUUUAUAAUUUUUAUUUGGUGACUACCGAACUGGAAUAUCCUUUAAAUCAACCAUUGUUAUAUGAAUAUCAUGCAUCUCUUACAAAAGUUCCUCAUGUCAUGAAAGACUCGAAUGGGGGCCUGAAUAUGAAUGACUUUUGGCUUGCUAACUUUAGAGAUUUUUUAUUAGAUCUUCAGCAAGAAUUCGAUGUUAAUAGGAAGAAUAAAUGUUUAAACAGUGAAAAAUGGUUUCCAAAUGCUACAGAAAAGGCUGUGCUGGCUUUUAAAUUGUUAGCUCAGACUGGAGUCGUGGAAUUUCCAGUUGACAAAAGUCAAAUCCUUAAUAAACGACUCGUCGAGGGAGAUGUAAUUGAUCCGAAAGCGUUUUACAAUUAUCUUUCUGUAUGGAAUAGCAACGAUCAAAUGUCUUAUUCUAGUUCUCAAGCAAAUUUAACUCCAAAACCGUUCCAGUAUUACAGCACUAAGACUGAAUAUGAUUUAAAGAUUCCAAAAUCUCAACCUCUUAUAUACACACAAAUGCCGUUUUACUUUAAAAAUUUAAGAACGACAGGGAAAAUAAUCGAUACGUUAAAACAAGUAAAAGAAAUAUCAGCGUCGUUUGUUGCCAAAGGCCUUAAAAAUUAUCCUAUAGGUUUAAUAUUUUCAUUUUUUAAUCAACUUCUCGUUUUAGAUAAAUUACUUUUGAUGCAAUUGGCUUUUAUGUUAGGAGAGAUAACAAUUUUUACGUGUUUCUUAGUACAUUGGUCAAAAUUGUGGUGUUUACUUUUUUGUAUUUUAACAAGUAUGUUAAUGAUGUGUUUGAUGAAUAUUAAUGCUCUGACAGGUACCUUAGGAACCCUGUAUUUUGUAAUAAUCAGUAGAAAUGUUGUACUAGUAUUGUCGGGGUUUUUAAAUGCAGUAGGAAACAGGGAAAGAAGAGUUAGAUUAUCAUUGGAAGUAAAUGCAGAACCUAUUUUUAAAGGUGACAUUGGUCUCCUUACUUGCGUGGCAAUUUUAUCUUUAUCAAAUUUAGAAUUCAUUAGAUACCACAUAUUUAUGACUUUAGUGAUGUCCGUGUGUUCGUCUUUGGGUUUUUCGUUACUACUUUUCCCCGUCGUUCUUUCACUGGUAGGGCCAAAAGCUGAAGUUCAACCCUUAGAAAAUAGCGAGCGAAUUUCUACGCCUCCUCCGCCCCCACCUCCACAGGCUCCAACCCGUUCGCCAAUAUAUGUCAAACCCACAAGACGUAAUUCACCAUCAAAAACUACUCGAGAGCCAAGUUUAACGACGAUUACAGAAGAAAGUUGUAAUCAGAGUAUUGUCGUUGAACCUCAGGUCACUGUGGAAUACAGUAGUCCAGAAUCGAGUUCUAGUGGGCCCUAUACAACAAAAGUUACAGCAACGGCAAAUAUAAAAGUGGAAGUCGUUACACCUAUAUACCGAUCAAAGUGUAGUGGUUGUAGAACUAAAUGUGGGAGACAUAAACCGCAGUGUCACUGUUGUAAACAAGACUCUGAUAAUAGCGAUAGUAGCAGUAGCAGUAAUGAUUCUGAACCCUCAUGUAGAACAACCAGCUAGCAUUUGUUACCGUUAUUUGCUCCAUGUAAAAAUGUUCAUAUAUUCAUAUUUAUAUCGA